AUGACACCUGACUGUGUUUUUUAUGCAUGUAAGUUGUUUGGCUUAAGAGGUCGUGAUGACCACCGUGGUCUUCAUUGUGACCAGUUUAAAAUUGGUGAAGAUAGUGAAGGACGAUUCAUACGAUUCAUUGGCCGAGGAUCUAAAACCUACCAUGGUGGACUAAGCCAGAUGUCUUUAAAUAACAAAGAUAUAAAACACUACUGUACACCAGGUCCACGCUGCAUGGCCACACAUUUUGAAACGUAUAUAAAUGCCGUAGGUAACGACGGUGAUUUCUACAAGAGGCCUCUUCCUGCUAUGCCUGGAAACUCGAUCCGGUAUGGACAUCAGCCAGUCGGUGUGAACACUCUCACUAAAUUCAUGAAAGAAAUAAGUCAGAGUGGAUCUUUUAAAGGUGUAUAUUCCAAUCAUAGUGGGAAACGAACAUGUGCAACCAGCAUGUACGAAGCUGGUAUAGACGAGCAGGAUAUUAUGGACAGGACAGGUCAUAGAUCUGUUACUGCUGUCAGAAAGUAUAAACGCUUGAACGAUAAAAUCCGUAAAAAAAUGUCCAAUGUACUGGACCCAAAUUCUGACGUCAGCUUAUCCAUGUCGAAAAGGAACGUGCAAAGUGACGAUGACAAAGAAAUUAAUCUUAAAAACUCGCCGUGCCAUAAGAAACAAAAAGUUCGAAAUGCCCUGUCGGAAAUUACAACGAAAUCUGGAGUAGUUAAUUUUAGUGGAUGCACUUUCAAUUUUUAACAUGCUUGAUGUGUUGAUAUAAAUUUUUAAUCUUAAAAACUCGCCGUGCCAUAAGAGACGGAAUGUUCGAAAUGCACUGUUUGAAAUUACAACGAAAUCUGGAGUAGUUAAUUUCAGUGGAUGCACUUUCAGUUUUUAACAUGCUUGAUGUGUUGAAAUAAAUUUUUAA